AUGGAUGCAAAGCCAAUUUCUACACCAGUUUCUAGUGGGCAAAAAUUGAGUGCUUAUGUUGGUGAACCGCAUACUGAUCUUGAGACCUACAGAAGCAUUGUGGGCGCCUUGCAGUAUCUAACAAUCACUUGCCCAGAUUUAUCUUAUGUUGUAAACCAACCCGGCAGUUUGCAAGUUAAUGCUUUCUCGGAUGCAGACUAUGCCGGUGAUCCGGAUUCUCGACACUCAACCAGUGGAUACUGUGUAUAUGUUGGUGCCAAUUUGGUGUCAUGA